AUGUUUGAUGCACACACUGUAAUUGAUUUAAGUAAUGCAUCUCGAUCGCUUGACAAAAAAACAAUUACUGAAGAAAAGGUUGUUCUUUAUUCUUUAUCAGGAAAAGAUCAGUUGUUUAGAGUGAAUGAUGGAACAACAGCGGAGACCCUGAGUUCUGGCUCUGAACCGAACUUGGCCAAGGAGUACCGAGGAGGAAAAGUAGAUCAUCAAACAUGCUAA